AUACUUACCUCAUGCGUUAUAGCGAAAUGUAGUAAGGCGACAUUAGCACUACUAAAAUGAUAGAAAGCCAGAUUUAAAAUAUCGGUUGCUUGAUUAAUCUUUAGUAACCACAAUAAUUGUUCUAUUUAUUUAUUCAUUCAAUUUUUAUUGAAUUUGCUACCUAUUUUGCCAAUAGUGUAAUAUCUAAUUUUAAGUCAUCCACGUAUCUCUCCGGUUACAUAUGUACUCAUCUUAGGAACAACCACCAUGACAAAAUCAUUGGGAAACUUGAAAAGAACUCUCACCUCUUAUAAAGAAUUACCAGAAUAUAUACACGGGACAAAUUAUGGUGAAGUCUUGUUGACCAAAGAGCCUCAAUGGCUUCAAUGGGAACAAUAUUUGAAAGAUACCGAAUCACCAAGUGUUGAUUAUACAGCUAAGAAUGCGAAUCCUUUACCUCAAGCAUGGAGCACGAGAGAAAAAUCUGAUUUUAUAGAGGUAAUGCAAAGCAAUUUGGAGGCUUCAUUCUUUGGCCCGGACAGUGGAAGCGACCAUGAUGCAGCUUUAACAAGAUCCGACUGUCCUGUACCAAAUAACUGUUCCGUCUAUUACUUUGAAAUCCAAGUACUGUCUUGUGGUAAAGAGGGUAGAAUAUGUGUGGGGUUCUGUAAAAAGAAUACACAGACAGGACGUUUACCAGGAACUACUCCGGAGAGCUGGGGCUAUCAUGGACAUAAUGGUGAAAUCUACCAUGGGUCGAAAACUGGAGAACGAUAUGGACCACAGUUUCAAACUGGUGAUGUAGUGGGAUGCGGACUCAAUCUCAUCAAUAAAACAAUAUUUUUUACAAAAAAUGGAGCAUAUUUAGGAGUAGCAUUUACGAACGUGAACGACUCCUUGUAUCCGACGGUAGGACUAAAAAGCCAAGGUGAGCACAUCAGGGCAAACUUUGGUCAGACUUCAUUUCUUUAUGAAAUUGAUCACGCAGUUCAAGAAGAAAAGGAAUUAUUACUAAGUAAAUCUUUGAAUAUCGCUUCAGCUGAUGAACAAAAUGAACGGAAAAGUUUACUAAAAGACCUCGUCUCGUCAUUUCUUAUCAACCAAGGUUAUGUUGAAACGGCACAGGAGUUCUGUCCCGAAAAGGUGAAACGAUCCGAUGUAGAAAUUCGGAAGAAGAUUAACCAAUUGUUGUGUAAUGGAGAUUUGGCCUCUGCUGUACAAGAAAUUACCGUACAGUAUCCUCGAGCAAUUCAAGAUUGCCAGGAUCUGUCUCUUUCUCUUAGAUUUUUGCAGUUUAUUCAAUUAAUGCGAAAUAUGCAACAGGUUCGCUCAUGCUCAGCUUCUUUUUCUGGUGUUAUCUCGGAGCAAGAAGAGAUGAAAAUUUUAGAACCGGUUAUGAAUUAUUCCCAACAAUUUUUUAAUGAUUAUGAAAAAGCAGAAAGUCAAGAUUUAAAGACAAUGAUCAAAUUAAGCAUGGGGCUUCUUGCUUACUACGAUCCAUCUUCUAGUCCCUUAUCCUUCUUCUUAGAGAAUGAGUUUCAGAAGUAUAUAGCUAGCCGUAUCAACGGACUACUUCUAAAAUUUAGCGGUUCUCCUCCUGAAAGCAAAUUACAACAAUUUUUACAGCAUACGAUUGCCUUUAAUGAUUUGUUAUGUCAACAAAAGUCCUUACAAAAUACUCUUAUUAAUGUUCAGAAAGACUUCAUUUUACCAUGAGAGAGCUCGAAAUUACUGUUUAUGAUAUUAUAAGUUUACUGAUAAUAAUGCUUUUUCUCAAAAAUUGAAUUGAUAUUUUAACUGACAAGUGUUUACUCCCCAUUUUGAUAGUAGUAUAAGUAUUCGUCAUCAAUUUUCACAUAGCAAAACAAAAUAAUAAUGAAUACUGUACCUGGU